UUUCGGGAAACAUUCCUUUUCCCUUCCGAAUUCAAUUUUCAAGUUCUCAUUUUUCAACCAUUCGUCCCAGAAGUCGACCGUUGCCAAUCUUCAUUCAACGGUCAUUUUGUUCUUCAUCGAACAUUGUCGCUUGUUUUCUUGUUUCCUGUUCAGUGGAUCGGAAUGGGAAAGAGCAAUGGAUUACAAGUUUCGAAUGAACGGCGAAAUUGGGGCAAAAUCUUCAGUGCUCUUACUCAAAUGCUACAGACCCAGCAAAAUCAGCUCGAAACACUCGUCAAGGAGCGAAAACUUCUUGAAGAUCGUGUUAAAAUGCAGCACGAACGAUGGGUCGCUGAUAUUCGUCUCUACGACGACCAUAUCUCUCAGAUCAAGAACGAUUUGUUUGUGCAAGAUAUGGAACGCGCACUUCAAGCUUCGAAAUCAGAUCUGCUCACUGGAUUGAAGCAGAUGGAGGUCUAUCUCUACCGACUGAAAAUAGAACAUUCAGAAGCUGAGUUGGACGAUUUCAAAUCUUUUUUUGAUGAUCUCCUCUUUCAUAAAAGCUCCAGUCCACAAGAAACUUCUUUGAGAAGUUCAUCAGAAGCAGGCGAGGCAAAUGGUAGAAUAGAAGGUGUUUUGUUGUCAGCAUGUGGAAAUACCGAUGAAGAAAGACGUUCUAAGGCAUUGGAAGGUGAAGUAAGGAGGUUGAGGAGUGAGUACGAAAAGCUUGCCUCAGAAAAGAGGUCUGAGGUGACUGCGCUAGUAACUGAGAAGAAAUUCUUAUGGAACCAAUAUAAUAUUAUGGAAAAUGAUUGCACAACACAAUUGAAGAGCAAGCAGUCAGAACUUGAACUUGCAAACCAAAAGAUAGAGAAACUUCUAGCCUCAUUGGAAGAAUUACAAAGUUCAAGCAACGAGAAGGAUGGCAUUAUUGCAAUGCUACGAACUCAAGUGGGGAAGAUGGAAACUGACUCGAGUAAACUAAAACACGAAAUUUCCCGACUCUCCCGUGACUUAGAACUGCAAAGGAAGUCUUUUAAUGCUAAUGCUACACCCGUGCUGAACCCAUGCAACAAGGCAGGAACUAAGGCAUUUAGCUCAGGAGCCAAAAACGGCACAAAGAACAGAAGUAACGUCAGUGUCAACAAAGUCAUGCUUUCGGCGCAACCUUCUCAUUCAGGAAACCAAAAGAGAAGAAGAGGUGAUGCUAAGUCGGAUCCUGAGACUCCAAGGUUGUUUACCUCUAAUUUCAAAGUACCCAAACUGAAGAAUGAAAUCAAGUUGUAGAUUUGCCUAGAAUGUUUGUGUCCUCAAUUGGGUUUGGCUCUUGAUUGUUCUAUUUUCUUUCAGCUGUGUGUUAAUAUUAGUGUAUUAUUGUUGUACCUGAAAA